AUGUACAGUUCUUUUGAGAUAUCCGGGAUUGUAACAAAUAGGCUGAAUAAUUUAAAGGUUCUUGUGAUUUUUGACAAUGUCAAUCAAUUAGAAGAACUAGAGGAGUUGGUUAUAAAGUCACUUUGUGCAAGAAGUAGAGUAAUCAUAACAGGGCUAUCAAAUCUUCAAUACCUUGAUCUUAAACGGUGCAAAAGUUCAUCAACGGUUCUGAGUCUAUUGGAGAUCUCCCAAGGCUUAGUUAAGCGGGAGCAUAAAACUCAUGAAGUUGAACUUGUUGCCAAGAAUACAAAAGAUCCCAGUCACUUCGGAUGCGGCUUUGACAUUGUUGUUCCAGUUAGUGUCUUUCCAGAAUGGUUCAGUCAUCAAUUUAAAGGUGACUCUAUAAUAAGGGUAGCAGAGUCCAAUGUGAAUGGCAACUGGAUUGGCUUUGCCUUUUGCGCAUCCUUUAAGGCAAAGGCAAAAGCUCCAUUAACUUUGCAGCAUCCCUUCUAUCUUUCCUUUGAAACUGAAGAGGCAGAAGAAACCUUCAACCUGCCACUUGGUUUGGACAUGGACAUGGACAAGAUUGACACCUCAGAGCAUCUCUUUCGUUUAUCUACGUGCGUCAAAGAGUAG